CGCGCGGCCACAUACAACAUAGCCAUCUUGUCAGGACUGACGGGGGAGCGGAGCUGUACGCGCUGUUGGAUUAUUAUUUGUUUAAAGCGUUACAUUUGAGGAAAACCCGCCCGUCUCGACCGCAGACAGCGGCAAAGUGCUUGUCACCAACGAAUGGCUGGAAACCGGUGAAGUGAGCGGAUAGGCGGGCAACGCUUUACUGAAGAUGUCACACAUACUUGUACCGACGUAGGGGGGAGUGUGCGGCUGCCACUGGGCUCGAAUUGUUAGCUAGCUCGGUGAGUGAAGGGGCCUCAGCCUCAAGUAGCUCCUCCAGCCGGGCAGCACACUCAGCGGCAGCGGCCAGUCAACAAGUGGAUCACCGAGGUAGCAGCGGGUCUGGCCGGACCAGCCGAGAACUUCGUCCCGGUGGUUUAUAUCGGUGUCAAGCCCCUCGCUGAUCAGGGCACGACGAAGUGUGGCGGUGCUCCGUGCGAGCUCAUGAAACGCAACAGGAGACCGAGAGAGGAAGAGGAUGGCGCAGAUUUAUCUCGACUACAGCUAAGUUGAAAGAGCAAAGUAAUCUGUUCUAAGCUUAUAGAAAGAUUCGACCGGAAGCUCGUCUCUUGUUGACGGAGGACAGACAGCCGUACGGGACCGGAGUCGCGCUGUCCAAUAUGUCGAAGAUGCCGGCCAAGAAAAAGAGCUGCUUCCAGAUUACAAGCGUGACUCAGGCCCAGGUGGCGGCUAUAGGGGCCACGGACGACACGGAGAGCCUGGACGACCCAGACGAGUCACGGACUGAGGACGCUUCGUCGGAGACGUACGACGUGUCCCGGGCGGAGUACGAGCCGGCCUGUGACAGGAGCUCUUCCGAAGAGGCUCUAAAUAAUGUGGGAGAGGCGGAGGUGGGUGGCGGUGUGGUGCCAGCACCCCACACCAGUCCGUCCGGUCUGGUCGGUAACGCAGAGUUAAGAAAAGUUGGAAUAUCCGGCUCCAGUCAAAGUGGUCAGCACCCAACCAGUCCCCCCGCCAUCACCCAGCACCAACCCCCUCCCCCAGCAACCAGUGCCGGGGUGUCCAUGAACACAUCCCAGCUAGCUGCAAUGACCUCCGCGCCCCCUGCUGCCACCUCCACUGCGAGUUGCUCCUCACGCUUUAGGGUCAUUAAACUGGAUCAUGGUACUGGAGAGCCUUUUCGAAGAGGCAGGUGGACGUGUACAGAGUUUUAUGAGAAAGACUCCGAGGCCCCCCAUGGUGGCAGGACUGUAGAUGGCAUAAGACACGCCAGUGUCACGUUGGACCCUGCAGCAGACCGAGACAGUGGACUCGGACCUUUAGGGGGUUCUGUCGUUUCCCCAGCAGCACACUCGGGUCCGGGCCUAGGCUCCAUGGUGGAGGCUGCCUCUUUGUCUCGUAUUCAUCCAGCUGAGGUUCUGCCCCAGCAGCACCAGAGCUACAGCGUCCAGCAACACGGGAGCAGUGGCAUGGCCACUCACACUUCCUUCUCCAGUAUCAAACCUGCAGCGGUGCCAGCUCAGUCAACAGUGGGGGGUGUCCAGAAUGUACUUUCUGUUGGACAAAAUGGCCUGUCUCAUUCUGAUGUCCUCUUACAGAAGUCCCCCGUCAUGCCUCCAUCAUACCCACCUCAGUCGCAGGUUCCUGUGGGACUCCACAUGACCAGCCAGUCAUUGGGACUGAUGCCACACCAGCUGGAGUACUACCAGCAGCAGCAACCUACGUCUGUGCCACCCGGGCUCUCCAGUGGCCAGUCCCUCCCAGUGUCUAGCCUUUCUGCAGGGAUUGUUGGACAACCUCCUGCUCCAGUUUUGUCCCCAGCUUCUGGAGCAGUUCCUGUUACAGGUCAGGUUGGAGACGUCACUGGGGCUGCAGGGGGCUCCAUCUCUGCAGGGCAGCCAGCUCUUGGUGUCUUACAACAGCAGACUUUAGGGUUUGGAGCUACUGGAGGCUCCAUACUGGUUGCUGGAUUAACUCUGCCCCAGCAGACCGCUGGUCAGUACGCCGCCACAGGACAACCUCAGCCCCUUGGCCACCCCAUGUCUUCUGGUGUGCAGAAUGUGCCUGCCAUUGCAGUGGGAUCUAGCACACCCUCAAGCGUACCCACUGCUGUGCUCAGUGCCUCCAGUGCAGCCAUGCCAAAUAUAACACCUUCCAGUUUGCCUGCUGGUCAGAUAACUCCCAACAAGACUCCAGUGGUGUUGGGGGCGCAGAGCCUCCCGGUGGCAGGAUUUGGACAGGUGGAAGGUGCUGCUGUUGGAAGGAAGUCUGAGGGAAUGCUCGGUGCUCAGUCCCCGGUGGUGUCUGGGAGGGAAACGGUGAAACCCCUCAUGCCUGAGACCCUGCACCUCGCCACCCCCACAGUCAACAGCCUUUUUGGAAUCCACAUACCUGUAGAUGGGGAGGAUGACAGGAACCCCUCCAUGGCUUUCUACCAGGCCUUCCAGUCUGGAAGCAGAUUAAGAGACCCAAAGGUCCCCAGUGAUAGUGCCUCUGGAACCAACAUCGUUGCCAUCGAUAACAAAAUCGAACAGGCGAUGGACCUGGUGAAAAGCCAUCUGAUGUACGCGGUGAGGGAGGAGGUGGAGGUCUUAAAGGAGCAGAUCAAGGAGCUGUUUGAGAGGAACUCUGUGCUGGAGAGGGAGAACGCUGUGCUGAAGUCUCUGGCUAACAGCGAGCAGCUGUCCCAGCUGUCCACCCAGCCCACCACUGCAGCCGCGCCCUCCGCAGCUACCCCCCCGCAGCAAGGACUCAGCCACCCUCAGCUUCAGCAGCAACCCCCCAAACCCCAGCCGCUCCAGACUGAGCUUGACACCGGCCAACAACCCGACGUCUCUUCGGCUUAAACGCUUCUGCUGUGGGACGAACCGCCUGGCUGUCCACCUUCUGAUUCGUGUUUGUGAAAUAAACGUCGUCCUUAGCCACCAGCUUGACCACAGGUGUGUGUGUACUGUGGGCCUUUCCUGUGUUAAUGCAAUCACCAGGAAGUGAGUAGUGUGUGUGUGUGUGUGGGGGGGGGGGGGGGGGGGGGCUCUGAACGAAUCGUGUUUGUUCUUGUCCUGGUUUGACCUCGAGGAGAUGGCACGACCAGAACAGAGCCGAACCAAACCUCACAGUCUGACCUGCUGACGUCGGGGCGGGGCGGGGGGGGGGAUGAUCCUUUAGCCGACAGAGGGAGAGGUGGGGGUCUUGGCGGGUUAGGGUUCCGACGCUCCACAAGGCUGACGCGACCUUUAAACCAGCUCUCAUCAGUCUGAGUCUUUUAUUUAUUUCUGGGCCGCCUGGUGUUCCCUUCUCCUGGUUUUACAGUGUUUUAACAGAUGGGCCACACUUCCCAGGAGUCGCUGUGUGGAACACGUGAAAUCCUGACAAAUGUCUAACACUAACGCUGAUAUUCCGCUGCGGUUGCCAAUCCCCGACUCGAGCCUGAUCCGGUCUAAAUGUCUGUAGAGGUAAAGUAUUAGGAGCUGUGAUGGGCGACGGCACCUGUUCGUGUCAGCCAGCAAAGGGGCGAGAUCAGGUAGUAUUACCAUAACACCCCCGCCCAUUUGAAUUUUAUUUCUCCAUUGGUUUUUCCUUGGGGGGGGGGGGGGGGGUAAAUGGUGGAAGGUGAAGCUGUGAAAUCUAACAUGACUUCAAACGUACGUCAACCAAAGAUGCAAAGCUGUGUGAGUCGGUUUAUUUUGAGAUGCACACGUGUAUUUUGUUGUUACUUCCUCCUCCAUGAGAUACUUUGCUGUUCGGCAUGUUCUGCAUGAUCUGUAAUCUUCAAACCACUUUCUUACCUCAUUUUUAUUCAGCACUCUUCUCGUUAGACAGUCUGUGAACAGUGUACAGUGGGCUGGGGUGGGGUGGGCGGUGUUGAGAUAAACCUGGUGUUACCCACGCUAGUCGCAGAAAGUGAAGUGAGCCAUGUUUGUUCAUUAAAUGGUGUUUGAAUUUCAUAUGCCAAUAGUUUUGUUACUUUGCAAAUUUUAAUGUAUUUAAAUAAAAGCAAUAUUCAGAUUCA